AGGGUAUGUACAGUGUGUCCUGCUCUUACCACUAGGCGGCUCACGUCUUCUCUGCCUGGUGACAGCUCGGUCGUAGCACACCCUGUCACGUGUUAAGAAGGCGCGAUUCUUAUUGGAUCGAUGACGCCGGGGAAGUUGUUUUUGUUGGAGAGCAAGGAAGCUUUCGAUUCAAAAAAUUUGAUGUGUGACAAUCACACCCGAAAGACAACUUCGAGGAAUUGAAAGGAUUUGAUAACCACACCGGUGGUUGCGGGUUAAGAGCAAGAGUUCACCCAUAAGAUCAGAAAUUCGUCCAGGCUGCAUGUCCUAUUGUGCGUCUGCCUGGAAGGAUGGAGGAACGGGCUCGGAGCCUUUUGCUGCGCUCUCGGUCAAGCCUGGAGGCGGACAUCAAAGCUAACUACCUGAUGGAUCACAUGAUCAGUGAUGGUGUACUGACCGCAGACGAGGAAGAGAGGGUCCGGAACAAGUCCACUAGGAAAGAGCAGGCCGCUGCCUUGCUGGAGGUUCUCCUUCGGAAGGACAAUCGAGCUUACAUCUCCUUCUACAACGCCCUGGUCAGGGAGAGCUAUGGAGACCUGGCCAGCCUGCUCCAUCCAGCCCUGCCGCAGGUCUCUCCCGAGGGCGAGAAGAGCUUCUCGGAUGGCAGCACUGCUCUGGUCCAGGUGAUGCUGAGUGAGGGUGGUGUGCCCCAGAGACCCGUGGUCUUCGUGAGCCGGCCCUCGCUGCUCAACCAGGUGCGGGCCAAAUUGUACCUGCUGCAGACCGGGCCCGGGUGGGUGACCGUCUACGGCAUGGCCGGCUCGGGCAAGUCCGUCCUCGCUGCCGAGACUGUGAGGGACCAUGCCCUCAUCACAGAGUGCUUCCCUGACGGGGUGCAGUGGGUGUCGGUGGGACAGGAGCGCUCGGACCUUUUGGGGCGGAUGCAGUCGCUGUGCUUCCGUCUGGAGCAGAGCCAGAGUCCAGAGACAUGUCACCGGCCGCCAUGCUCCCUAGAGGAGGCCAAGGAGCGCCUGCGCUUCCUCAUGCUGCGCAGGUACCCCAGGUCCCUUCUUAUCCUGGAUGAUGUGUGGGACAGCUCUGUCCUCAAGACCUUUGACAUCCAGUGCAGAGUCCUGCUAACAACCAGGGACAGAAGUCUGGUCGACUCAGUCAGCGGCAAGCGGCAUGAGGUGGCUGUGGAGAGCGGCCUGGAUGAGGACAAGGCCCUAGAGGUCCUGGCUCUCUUCGUCAGCAUGAAGCCCCAGAGGCUGCCCGAGCAGGCCCGCAGCAUAGUCAAGGAGUGCAAGGGUUCCCCGCUGGUUGUGUCCCUGAUCGGGGCACUGUUGCGGGAGUUCCCUGACCGCUGGGACUACUACCUGCGCCAGCUGCAGAGAAAGCAGUUCAAGCGCAUCAGGAAGUCGUCGUCGUACGACUACGAGGCACUGGACCAGGCCAUGGACGCCAGUAUCCAGGUGCUGGCUGAGGAACACCGGCAGCUCUACUCCGACCUCACCGUUCUUGAGAAGGACGUCAAAGUGCCCGCCAAGGUGCUGUCGGUGCUUUGGGAUCUGGAGCUGGAGGAGGUGGAGGACGUUCUGCAGGAGUUUGUCAACAAGUCGCUGCUGUUCCGCGACUGCAACCAGCGGCCGUACCUCUACUACCUCCACGACCUGCAGCUGGACUUCCUGUCCGAGCUCAACCGCACACGCCUCGCUGAGCUGCACACUAAGGUUGUCCGACAGUACCAGAAGUACUACAAGACAGAGUCGCCCGUCUCUGGUGACGUAGAGAGUCUCUACUGGCUGCGCUUCCUGACCUAUCACAUGGCCAAAGCCGGCCUAUCAAAGGAGUUGUACUCCCUCAUGUUUUCUCUGAACUGGGUCAGAACCAAGGCUCAGCUCAUGGGCCCGGCCCAUCUGAUCAAUGACUAUGUGGAGUAUGCAGCCAAACUGGACGAAGAGCUGUACCACAGUGUUGGCGCAGUUGGAGUGGUGAACGGUGAGGUGAGGGGUCAGUUCCAGGAGUUCCUGUCUCUGAAUGGGCACCAGCUGGAGCAGCGGCCAUUCCCCGACGUGGUGCAGCUGGCCCUCUCGCAGCCCGACUCCUCCGAGGUGUACCGGCAGGCCAGGAUGCAGGCACAGCAGAGGGCCCAGAAGGGGGCGCUCUACCUCGACUGGGUUAAUAAGAAGAGCCUGGAGAGUCUGUCUCGGUUGGUGCUGCAGCCCCACCAGGGUGUGGUCUACUUCGCCUGCUUCUCCCACGACGGCAGCAAGAUCGCCUCCUGUGGGGAGAGCAAGACACUGCGGGUGUUUAAGAGCAGCAGUGGGGAGAAACUGCUGGAGAUCCAGGCUGGUGAUGAGGAGGUGUUGUGCUGUGCCUUCUCUCCUGAUGGCCGGCUCAUUGCCACCUGCUCCAGUAACCGCAAGAUCAAGGUAUGGAAUGCGGAGCGAGGGACUCUGAUGAGGGCAUUUGAUGAGGAGUACGACGAGCAGAUCAACCACUGUCAGUUCACCAACACGCGACACCGCCUCCUACUGGCCACCUGCUCUAAUGACAUGUUCAUGAACACCAAGCUGUGGAACCUGAAUAAGCCGUCUUCCCAGAACACCAUGUUUGGACACACCGAUGCGGUCAACCACUGCUGCUUCUCCCCUGAUGAUAAGUACCUGGCCACCUCCUCCAGUGACGGCACUCUCAAGAUGUUUGAGGUAACCUCCGCAAAUGAGUGGAAGUCCAUCGCUGUGAGCGACCACUUCUCGGAGACGGACCAGGAGACAGGCGUCAUGGUCACAUGCAGCACGUGGUCUGCUGACGGCACUCGCAUCAUCUGUGCUGCUAAGAACGCCGUCUUUGUGUUUGACGUGGCCAGUGCAGACCUGGUGUGUGAGAUCCGUACCAGUCGGCUGAGCACCGUCCAGUUCUGCCACGCUUGCCCCAGUAGCCAGCUGCUGGCCAUCGCACUGUCACACUAUGCCGUGGAGCUGUGGGAUUUUGAAUCCAAUAAGAAGAUGGCCGACUGUAGCGGUCACCUGAGCUGGGUGCGCUGCGUGCAGUUCUCUCCUGAUGGAUCACAACUCCUCUCCUGCUCCGAUGACCAGACCAUCAGGCUGUGGGAGACUAAAAAGGUUACACCCUCGUCCGCUGUCUCCCUCAAGAGGGACUCUGACGCGCUCUUCACCAACGGUGACAUUACAAUGGUUACCGCCGACAAGCGCAACUGUCUACAGGUACUGAGCGGGCACACAGGUUCUGUAGUGUUCGAGUCAGAGAAGCAGGAGUCCAGAAUCCGCUGCACCUGCAUCUGCAGACAGCCUGCUGUUGUAGCCCUGGGUAGAAAGGAUGGAGUUGUGAAGGCAGAGAGGCUCACGGCUAGUCAGUUUCUGAGAAGCAUCGGCAGGAGGGCUCUACAGAUGCUGAGCUCCCACAGGGCCUUUGUACUAGCACUAGGGCUAGAGACAGGCACAGUACAGGUGCUGGAGGUUCCUUCUGGAGAGACCCUGGCAACUCUCUCAGGUCACACUAAAACUGUCUUCCACUGUCAGUUCACUGAAGAUGGACAGCAGCUGAUCACCUCCUCAGAGGACACUACCAUCAGGGUGUGGAAGUGGCAGACAGGGGAAUGUCUGGUUCUGAAGGGACACACCGAGUCGGUCAGGAGGUUCUCAAUUCUUCCCUCCUCGUCUUCCUCUCCAGCUCUUCUCUCGUGGUCUUUUGAUGGAACCAUCAAGGUGUGGAACAUGGACACAGGAGAGAAACAGCAGGACAUCACCGGUCACCAUGGAGCCAUCCUGGCCUGUGACGUCUCCCCUGACGGACGGAGGUUCGCCACCACAUCCGCUGACAUGACGGCAAAGGUGUGGAGCUGUGAAUCCUGGGAGCUGGUCCUCACCCUGAACGGGCACAAGGAAUGUGUCCGCAGCUGCCGUUUCUCUGGUGACAACCGGCGUCUGGCAACCGGGGAUGACAAUGGAGAAAUUCGUCUGUGGAACAUGCUGGAUGGAAGCCUGCUGAAGGUCUGUUGCCGUGGCAAUAAGGAUGCAAUGGACUCACAGCACGGAGGCUGGGUGACGGAUUUGCACUUCUCCCCCGACAGCAAGGUGCUGGUCUCCACUGGAGGGUACAUCAAGUGGUGGAACGUGGAGAAAGGUGAGGCCCUGCAGACCUUCUACACCACCGGCGCCAACCUCAAGAGAGUCCACGUCUCACCAGACUUUUCCACCUUCGUCACCAUCGACAACAUAGGCAUCCUCUACAUCCUUAAGAAGGUGGAAUAAGCCUGAGAUUCCGGAAUGCUCGCCAUCGGAAUCGUCUACAUCUUCAAGAAAGGGGGGUGAAGACCGAGCUUUUGGAAUGCUCGCAUCGGAAUCCUCUAUGUCCUGAAGAAUAUGAAAUGAGACUGUGCCUCUGUUUAGUCCCGAAGUCCCGAACAGCAUUGGAAUCAUCGGUAUCCCAAAGAGGGUGGAAUGAAUGUGGGGUCUCUCACAGGAGCAACGUGGGAUGCCAAUCACUCCCAAUGUUUUGAUUCUCUCACUGUGGUCAGUGUGGGUGACCAGUGCUGGAAAGCAGACUAUGGAUGUAGUGUUUCUAUUCAUUUUUUACAUUUUCUGAGUUUGUGAUAAUCGCAUUAUGAAAUGUGCCCUGCCUUGUCCUUCUGGUUAGUUGAGUGGCCCUCUUUAGGUGAGCUGCAUCUUUUCUGGGACAGAGCUUUUGUCAUGGCCAAGUACUUGUGCACCAUAUGUUUCCUGACCUACAUUUUAAAAAUGUUUUCUAUUCAUUUGUUUUCUCUUGGGCAAGAAAAUGCAGUCUUUUCCCUUUGCGCUUCACGGUACACGCUUGUUUAUAUCAAGGCCUUCAUUUCUAAAAAUAGUUUUAUUUUAUUUUAAUUUUUUUCAUUUGCAUCAGUUUUUUUUGUUUUUAUUUUAUUCUCUGCCUCAUGGUAUAGCCGGAACUGUUGUGGUGUCUUUCUGAAGUGAUCUGCUGUGCAUUAAAUGCAUUGCCGUGGUCCCUGCUGUAAGUUUACAGUUGUACAUACUUUACGACUGUAAACUUCCACCAGGGACACAGUUGUAAUUGUGCAAUACUUGCUGUUGUUUCAGCACAACCAGCUAUUUUAUUAAUGUGAAAAAUCCUAAAUGGAAAUUUUUGCUAACUGUAGACCUGUUUACAGUCUUUAAACUACAGUUUUUUCUAUACCUUUAUGAACCAAACAUAUGCAGCCCUUUUUUCCUCCAUCUUGGCUAAUAAUAGAAAUGGAUGCUCUUUAGAAUCUAAAUCAGGGUUUGCCUUGCAAUAUGUAGCACAGCCAUUGGACUGAACAUGUGGCAGCACAUCCAAUGAGAUGUACUGUAAUAUUCUUGAGCCAUAUAGAAUCUAUAGUAUAUAGAAUUAUUAUCAUUAUUGAUGCAUGCAACAUCUUAUGCAGAGUGUGAUACGUAUCUGAUCUAGCUGUCCAGCCUUGUUCAAUCAGUCAGUCCCCAUGGUUUGGACCAGCCUCUUCUAAAUGCCUUGGAACCGCCUCUGAUGCUUUUUGCUACAGUCAAUCAGAAUUUCACAUCUCUUUGGGCCAAUGGGGUAGAUCAAGAAGCACUCAGGGUAAAAUAUUAGUUUGUUGAUAAACUACAUGGCACUGGUUGUAUGUCUUGCACGAUGCACAUAAUUUAUACCUGUCUUGCAAUAAAUCUGUUGGUGUAUUGA